AUGCAAUUGAACGCAGACAAUUUUCCUUUCAUUAACUUGUACCUUCCCACUUCUGCUCUUUGGGAGGAAGAUGUAUUAUCAUGUACAAGCCCAAUGAAUAUUGAUGAAGAUGAGACCUCAUCUUCUAAUGAUGAUAUCAGUGCAACCAAUCACUCUUCUACACAACAUCAUCCUCUCAUUGGACAGUCAUCAAUGAAUGAUGAGGAGGCCUCCUUCACCGAUAUCGGUCAAAGUAUCAUUGAUAUCUUUACUGCUGAUGCUAUUCCUGAAGAUUCAGUCAGAAACGAGGAAGAAGAAACAUCCAACACCUCUGAAGCUGAUUCUUGUCCAAAUUAUCAUUCACCACCCUGUGUGGAUGAUAAACAUCGUGGAAAGAAGAGAACCAAGGAGGAAUGCUCUCCUUCUUCAAACUCCAAGAAGACCAACUCGAAAACCCAUGAGGAGUACUGCAAGAAGGAAUUCGCAGAGAAAUGGCCAACCAUUCGUGAACAGUUGCUACAAGGUAAAGAAAAGAAAGAGGACACAAAAGAACGAAAACAAAGGACGCAGGUAACCAAGGCUAAAAGAACAAAGGUUGAAGGAGAAGAAGCGAGAAGUUUGAUUCGAGUUCAUCUAGAAUCCAACUCUUCUCAACAAGGAGAAGAGCCAUCUUUGGUUGUUUCCACUCAUGCCUUGUGUUUGAACGCAUUGUCCAAAAUCACAACUAAACCAAAAAGACACGAACACCCAAAACAAUCUAAAGUGACAAAUUCCAAUACGUCGUCUUCUUCUUCUAAGAAUUAA